AUGGAUCUAACUGCUACGUGGAGCCGCUCCUUCACCACUGCCCUCCUCGCUAAGAACAAGCUUGUAUUUGUUGAUGGAUCCAUCCUCCGUCCACCUCGUGAAGAUCUUCUCUAUAAUCAAUGGAUUCGAUGUAAUAGCAUGGUGAUCUCUUGGAUUCGCAAUUCCAUUUCUUCACAGAUAUGCUCAGGUAUCAUGUAUCUCGAUGAUGCAUACACAAUCUGGUUUGAUCUGAAAGAGAGGUUCUCAACUGCUGAUUCAGCUCGGGUUUACCAACUCAAACAACAAUUCAUGUCUCUUUCUCAAGGAUCAUCUGAUGUCAACUCUUAUUUCACAAAUCUUCGCAUUUUAUGGGAUGAAUACAAGGAUUCACAACCUUCCUCCUGGUGUACAUGCAACAAAUGCACCUGCGAUAGUGGCUCUAAGUGGAAUCAACAUCAAGAGAAAGAAUGCACAAUGCAGUUCCUUAUUGGCUUGAAUGCCUCCUUUUCUCAACUUCGAUCUCACAUAUUAUCCAUGAUUCCUCUACCUUCCUUGUCUAAGGUUUUUUCACUGGUGAUUCAGGAAGAAAGGCAACGGUUGAUUGAUGGCAACAACUCAUCUUCAACCACUGUUCGAGCUCCAGUAACCAGUGAAUUACCUUUCGCCAAUGCUGCAACUUCUAAUGGCAGAGGCUACAACAAGUUUCUAUGCUCUCAUUGUGGAAGAACAAAUCAUCCUGUUGAAAAAUGCUUCAUCCUUCAUGGAUUUCCACCAGGUUUUGGCAGAGGAAAAGGCAAGUAUUCACCAUCAUCUGGUUUCUCUAAACCUCAACCACCAUCUGGUUUCUCUGGAAAUUCGAACUCCUAUCAGCAAAGGUCUGUUAAUCUUGUUGAAGACAUGACCACUCUACCAAGUUUUGAUCAGUAUCAACAGCUCAUCAGCCUCUUGCAAAGUCAAAAACUCCACAACUCCACUUCAUCAUCCCCAACUGCCAAUGAUCAGCCUGCUCAAUCUUCAACUCCUAUCUCCACCAAUUUCUCUGGUACAGUUUUCUUUACUCCUUUUAUCAAUUCUAUUUCAUCCUCGUAUUCUAGCUCAUCUACAUGGAUUCUAGAUACAGGAGCAACUCACCAUGUUAGCUAUGAUCAGUCUCUCUUCAAUUCUGCCACACCAAUAGCUAAUGCCUCUGUAAAUCUUCCUAAUGGCAACACAGCCCCCAUCACUCAUCUAGGAAGCUACACAGGGGACAGUGAUUGGGAAGGGUAA